AUGUUUCGGUAUACGAAAAGACCGUUGUUUCAGAUCACAAGGACAUUGAACUGGCUGCUUGUAGAAGGGCAUCAGUUUCACAUUCCCAAGUUUCGAACCUUCUCUGUUGAGCAAUCACUGCCAAAGCUGCCAGUUCCUCCACUCGAGCAGACACUUAAAAAGUAUCUGGACACAUGUUAUCCAUUACUGACAGAGGAGCAGUACAAAAGUACUCAGGAGAUUGUGAACAGAUUUUUGAAAAAUGAAGGGCCAGCUCUGCAAAAACUGUUGGAAGAAAGAGCUAGAAAGGAAGUCAAUUGGCUUUCAGAAUGGUGGAAAAACUGGGCCUAUCUGGAUGUCCGCCUGCCAGUUGUGAUCAAUGUCAACCCUGGAAUCUAUCUGCCGAGACAGAGUAACAGGGGUCGGAAAGAGCAAAUUCAGUUUGCUGCUAGAUUCAUUGCUGGUGUCUUGGAUUACAAGAUAAUGUUGGAUGA